CCCGAGCGUAUCGAUCCGCCCGACUCUGCCAACCCUUCCUAUGAUAUCAGAGCUGAUGUAUGGAGUUUAGGCAUAACUCUGGUGGAGUUGGCGACCGGGAAGUUCCCGUAUCACGAGUGCAACACUGACUUCGAAGUGCUCACAAAAGUCAUUCAGGAGGACCCGCCCUCUCUGCCCCCCGAAAGUGGCUUUUCUCACAACUUCUCCAGUUUCGUGAAGUCCUGCCUUACGAAAGACUAUAAAAAGCGACCGAAAUAUAGGAAAUUAUUGGAACACCAAUUCAUUAGGGAGUACGAGAGGAAAGACGUGGACGUCAGCAACUGGUUUCGGGAUUUGAUGCGAAUCGAGAGACUCAUUGAAUCGGAAUUAAGUGCCAAUCCUAUCAAAUAAGUGAUGAGACUCUUAGGGACUCCGAAAACCUGUGUUUCAAUAAUCAUUAGUAUUGGCCAUCAAUUCAUGUCUUUAUUUUCGAUUAUUAUAUGAUUUUCUCAAUUCAUAUGAUUUUUUUUAUAAAUGAGAAAACGAUUAGAAAUUAAUGUUUCGCUCAAUACUUGUUUCGAUAGACUUGUGUCGGAUCGCAAACAUGCGAUCAGAUUUGAGUUGAGGUUUAUUUUGGCGACAAUUAGUGAAAUCACGAGAAUUUUUUAGAGAUAUUUAUUUCGUUUAUUCACAAAACAAACUG